UAAAAAAAAAUAAGUAAUUAAUCUUCAGCAAAAGCCGGUUUUAAUCCUAAAGUUAACAAUGCUUAAUAUCCGAUAUUCUGAUACUAAUUUAAGUUAAUUGUGGGCUGUAAUCUCAAUUUAUCAGUUCAUGUAUAUGCUAAUUAGAAAAACACUUGGCCCAUUAUUAUUAAUUUAUAAAUCAGAUUGUAACAGAGUCAAAGAAUACAUGGUUUAGAAAGAUGCGGCGACGGUUUGAGGAGGAAUUCGAAGUGGAUGAAAAUAAUUUAGAUGUAGAUGUGACCACUGAUCAUCCUAGGUACAGAAAACGUUCACACGGUUUUCCUAUAUAUGUAAGCCUAGUAAUAUUGCUGGUCUUACUUGGAAUGUUUGGAUUAGCUAAUUGGAUAGACAAUCAUUUGCCAAAGCCUCUUACACUUGCAGAUGAGGCAAGUUAUCCAGACAGUUUUAUAUCUGAAAGAGCACAACAUGAUUUAAAAUUAUUGACAAGCCUGGGAUCCAAAGUUGUUGGAAGUCAUGAAAAUGAAGUGCUGGCAGUUGAUUUUCUAAAAAGGGAGCUCACAUUUAUUAUCAACCAGAAACACAAGAACCAACAAAUAGAAAUUGAUCAACAGGUUGUUACUGGAGCCUAUUUUAUGAGCUGGAAUAAUAUUGGAAGGAUAAAUAAAUAUGGGAAUGUUCAAAAUAUUGUAGUUAAAUUAUACUCCCACAAUUCAUCAGCAUUAUCCAUCUUGGUAAACUCCCAUUUUGAUUCAGUUCCAACCAGCCCAGGUGCUAGUGAUGAUGGUAUCAGUGUUGUUGCUAUGCUGGAGAUACUUAGAAAGAUGUCUAGAUCACCAGAUCGUCCCUUACACAAUGUUAUAUUCCUUUUUAAUGGUGCUGAAGAAACCCCACUGCAAGCCUCACAUGGAUUCAUUACACAACACAAAUGGGCAAAAGAAUGUAAAGUUUUGGUUAAUUUGGAGGCAUGUGGUGUUGGUGGUAGAAUGAUACUGUUCCAGUCUGGACCAAAGAGACCUUGGCUCCUGAAGUAUUAUAAGAAAGUGCCACAUCCCUUUGGUCAAGUUGCUGGUGAAGAACUGUUUCAGAGUGGUAUCAUACCUUCAGAUACAGAUUUCAGAAUAUUUAGAGACUUUGGUAAUAUGAUUGGGUUAGAUAUGGCGUUUUUUAAAAAUGGGUACAAGUAUCAUACAAAAUAUGACACUUUUGAAGCAAUUCCCCUUGGAUCUUAUCAACAUAUGGGCGAUAAUGCUUUGUCACUUGUAAAAGAUUUGGCAAAUGCUCCAGAGAUGCUAAAUGACAAUGAAGAGAUAAACGAAAUUAUAUACUUUGAUAUUUUUGGAUUAUUCAUGAUAACAUACACAAAAACAACAGCUGUCAUUGUUAAUAUAUUAGUUAUUAUUCUUUCCAUGAGUAUUUAUGUUGUCAGUAUUAUAGACUUCAAACUAAGUCACAAACAAGUAUUAUUGCUUGCCCCAAUUGCAUUAGGUUCAAUCACUGUUAGCUGGCUUCUGUCAUGGGCAUUUACACUAUUUCUUGGGUAUAUAUUGGAUCAACUUAAUUACUCAAUGAGUUGGUAUUCCAAUCCAUGGAUAAUUUUUGGCUUAUAUGUGACACCUACUAUAUUUUUCUGUAGUUUAGUACCAUUUACUGUUAAUUUUGAGAGAUAUUAUUUAUUAAAUCAGUUACAAACAUUAUAUAUACCUCAUUGCUGCAUAGAUGUUUUUUGCAAAGAAAGUUUGGUUGUUAACGUGUCAAGCCAGCAUCAAGCUCAUAUGACAAGAAUAAUGUGGACGAUUGUUUUAUUAGCUGGAACGUUAACCGGUAUUAGAUCUGUAUAUGCACUACUUAUUCCAGUCCUAUUUAAUAGUGUGGCAUUUGCUGUUAUCCAUUUAACAAGGAUUCAGCAUUCAGCUAUAAAAUGGAUAAUGGUCUAUUUAAGUUCCUUGGUUAUUCCGACAUUGAUUUUAAUGUAUCAAAUCUCAAUAACAAUGUCUCUGUUUGUUCCUAUUACUGGUCGUUUCGGCUCAAAUAAAAAUCCGGAUAUGGCGAUUGGAAUACUGGCGACUACAUUCACAAUCACCAUCAUAUCUCCAUACGUGGCCAUCGCAAGUCUACUACGCGACAUGAAGUAUUAUUGUGCAAUAUUAGUGGGAGUAUUUUUGGCGUCGCUAAUUGUAGUUUUUACCGCCUUUGGAGUACCCUACAAUGGUGAAAGUUCGAAUGCCACUCCUCAAAGAUUCUGGAUAACUCAUACCGCACGUACAUUCUACAAUCAAGACGGAACUGUGAACAAGACUGACUCAGGUAUUUUUUUCCUAAAUAUGGAUAGAAACUCACCAAGAAGUGUUCAAAAGUACUUAAAGGAUUACGAAAAAAUUAGGUCCGUCAAAGAUGACUGUGAACGUUAUAUUAUUUGUGGAGUGCCUCUUUCUCACGUACGAAUGAUGGAAAUUAUGGAAUAUAGCAAUUGGCUUCCUGCCGUCGAACCAAUAAUACACGAGAAAAUAUCAUUCACUUCUUUCAAAGAAGAACUUAACAACACCACCAUGAAAUACUCUGUUUCAAUAACAGGACCCGAUCGCCUAGGAGUUUAUAUCGUUCCUUAUGAAAAUAAUGAGAUAAUAGAAAUUAAAGUAAACACUCCGAAUGUAUUCGACUAUGAAAUUAAAAAAGAUAUGUAUUUUAUUCAGCAAACAUAUGGUAAAAGUACUGAAGAACUUCGUAUCGAAUUUCAUGUGAAAACGCCAGAAAAUUGGAACCAACCUACUGUUGAUCUCGUAGUUAUUUCACAUAAUGUGCAUGACAGGUUGAUGAUAAAGACACCAUACUAUGAAGAUUUUAUUAAUCAGUUCCCUGAUUGGGCUGAUGUCACUGCCUGGUUGGGUACUUACUCUUCAUACAUUUUGUGAAUUAAUUGAUGAAUAAAAUAAAUUGUCUAACUGUAUAUAUAUAUACAUCUAUUUUUUCUUUCAGUUUGGUGUUUAGAAAUAUGAACAAAUAUAUUAUUGCCUUUGCUAUGUACUAUUAAAAGUAAAUCGAUUCAAAAUUAUAUAUAAAUACAUAAUUUUUAAAUGUGUGCUAUUUCUGUAAUCAGUCAUAUUGCUCAUUUAUUUUGUUCCAGCUUUAAUUUAAAUGGAAAUUAUUUUGAUUAAAAUAUAAAAUAUUGUGAUUGCAUUUAAUUACAGGUGUGCAUUUGCUAAUAAACAGUAAAUAGUAACGUGUUAUUUUU